AUGGCAGCUGCUAAUAUUUCUGUUGCUAGGGACCAAUUCUGUUGUUCGAUCUGUCUGGACAUAUUGAAAGAUCCGGUGGCAAUUCCCUGUGGACACAGCUACUGUAUGGAUUGUAUUGAGGGCUGCUGGGAUCAGGAUGAUCAGAGGGGAGUCUACAAAUGUCCCCAGUGCAGACAGACCUUCUUCCCAAGGCCUGUUCUAAACAGAAACACAAUGCUGGCUGAAUUGGUGGAGAAAUUGAAGACAGGACUCCAAGCUGCUCCUCCUGCUCACUAUUAUGCUGGACCUGAGGAUGUGGAGUUUGACGUCUGCACUGGGAGAAAAUCCAAAGCUGUCGAGUCCUGUCUUGUGUGUCUGGCUUCUUACUGUGAGACUCACCUCCAGCCUCACCGUGAAUCUGCUGCCUUCAAGAAGCACAAGCUGGUCAAAGUCUCCACACAACUACAGCAGAAGAUCUGCUCUCAUCAUGAUAAACUGCUGGAGAUUUACUGCCGUACCGAUCAGCAGUGUAUCUGCUAUCUGUGUACAAUGGAUGAACAUAAAGGUCAUGAUACAGUCUCAGCUGCAGCAGAAAGAAAUGAGAAACAAAAUCAUGUGAAAUUGAAACAGGAAACACUUCAACAGAAAAUAAAAGAUAAACUGGGGGAGAUUAAGAAGUUCCAAAAAGCUAUAAUGUCACUUAAACAUUCUGCACAGACAGCCGUGCUGGACAGUGAAAGGAUCUUUAUCGAGCUGAUUCGCUCCAUUGAGGGAAGGCGCUCUGAGGUGAAGGAGCUGAUCAGAGCCCAGGAGAAGGUUGAAGUGAGUCGGGCUGAAGAACUCCUGGAGCGACUGGAGCAGGAAGUGGCUGAGCUAUGGAGGAGAGACUCUGAGCUGGAGCAGCUCUCACACACAGAGAAUCCCAUAGAUUUCCUCCAGAGGUACAAAGACCAUUCCAACCCUCCUUUGUCUGAAGUACUGUCUACCACCACUAUCAACCCAGGCUGUGACUUUGGGAGGGUGAAAAAAUCUAUGUUAGAAUUGAAGAUGCAACUGGAGAGCUACUGUAAGGAGGAAGUGGUGAAAAUAACCCUUGCAGUGCAAGCUGUUCAAAUGCUGCAGACAAUCCAAGUGGGCAGAUGA